AGCAAUCUAUGUAUUAAUAAUAAUAAUUUAAUUGAUAUUAUCUCCAGUGUGUCUGUCUGUGUCUAAAACAGUUGUUUAUAAAAGUUUAAACCCAAUUAUUAUUAUUAUUAAUAAUAGUUAUCAGUUGUUUUGGCAUUUAUGAUAUACCCAUAAGUUUAUAGUCGGUUGCAUCGGUUUAUGUGUUUGUGAUAUCAAAUAUUAAUCUUGAGGACAUAAUUAUUACCAUAAUUAUCAUCAUCAUCAGCAAAAACAACAAUGGUUUGGACAAACUUGCAUUAUAUACCACUUGCGGUGUUUGUAUUACUGCCGACAACUUUCAUUACAACAUAUAUAAUAGCCAUACUGUUGGGUCACGUAGAGGUAGAGCUGCCAUACAUAUCGGACACUGGUACCCAUGUGCCCGAGUCCAGCCUAUUCGCACAGCUUCUCAAUUUUUGUGCAUUUUUAGUUGGUGUGACAAUAUACGUACGCUACAAACAAAUUGAACAAUACUAUCGGGACAAUUUGACACCCGAGUCGACAAAAAUAUUUUGCCGCAACCGUAUCGCUUUCAUUUGCGGACUGAUCUCAUCGGUAGGCCUGUCGAUGGUGGCUAACUUUCGCGAACUGGAACUGUUUAAGAUACAUAUGGUCGGCGCAACCCUGGCCUUUGGUUUCGGUGCCAUUUACUGUUGGCUACAGACCAUCAUGUCGUACGCUAUGCAUCCGUUGGUCAACUCGCGACAAAUGGCACACUUUCGGCUCGCCUUGUCUUCACUAAUGACCUGUACGUUCACCGUAAGCUGUGUAUGCGGUCCGUGGGCUAUGCGAUACUUUCACGGCAAAGAUCCGACCAAUUGGAAGCCCGAAGACGGCGCUUUUGGAUUGCAUUUGGCGGCCACAGUAUGCGAAUGGAUUACCGCAUUGGCCAUCGAUUUUUUUGUGCUCAGUUAUGUCGAAGAACUUAAGAAGAUAUCGAUGUCGACGCCAAAAGUCUUGUUCAUUAUCGAAGAGGACAUCGAAAGAUUCGGUGACAAUAUGAGCGAAACAGAUGACACGGUAGCCAUCAUACACGCAUCGUUGCCGUCAAAUUUGCGAUCGUCGCCGGCCACUACCGAAAUGGUCAUACACUCGAAUCCGCCAAUAAUUCACUGAAAAAAAUCCAAUUACCGUAAUUCACUGAAAUACUAAUAAAUAGUAAUCAUAAGUUACUGGAAGUAAUGA